CUCACGCCCGAGCUCGUGAAGAAACACGCGAUCGACAACGUCGUGAUGGUCACGUGGGCGAACGAUCAUUACUACGACUUCGUCCGAAAUUGGGUACUGAACGUGCGCAAGUGUAACGUAUCCAACUUCAUGGUCGGCGCCAUGGACGACGACCUCCUAAAAAAACUGAAGGACGACGACGUCCCGACGUUCUCGAUGCGAAGUGGUUUAACCACGGCGGACUUCGGCUGGGGCACGGAGAACUUCCACAAGAUGGGACGAAAGAAGAUCGAUCUGAUCAAAGUCUUCACGAACAUGGGGUUCGAUAUCUUAGUCUCGGACGUGGACACGGUGUGGAUGAAGAAUCCGAUGCCUUACGUGAUGAAAUAUCCGGACGCGGACGUCCUCACGUCGAGCGAUCAUCUCGCAAGCACGGCGACCGGGGACGGCUUGGAGGAUCCCCUCCGCGCGCAGUCCGCGGCGAACAUCGGGAUCAUGCUCAUACGGCACACCGCGAAAGAACUCGCGGAGGAGUGGGUGAACGUUCUCGAUAAAGACGCGAAAGUGUGGGACCAGAACGCGUUUAACGAUCUCAUGAGGCGUGGCCGCGCCGCCGCGGGCGGCGACGACAAACUCUUUCUCGGGUACGACGGCAAACUCAAGUUCGGGAUCCUCCCCGUGAGCACGUUCGCGAGCGGGCACACGUUCUUCGUGCAGCGGAUGCACGAGAAACACGACGCGGAUCCGUACGUCGUGCACGCGACGUUUCAGUUCUCCGGCACGGAAGGGAAGAGGCACCGAAUGCGCGAGGCGAAGCUCUGGGUCGACGACGCGUCGUAUUACGACCCCACCGAAGGUUUGCUCGCCUUCGCGCCGGACAUCCCUUCCGAGCUCAUGAACGCGUCGUGCACGACGAGGGACGAGGCGUGCGUCGCCCGACACUUCGAGCUCGUGAAUCACCAGAUCGUGCAAAUACGAAACGCGCUCGCGAUCGCGCAGAAACUCGGCCGCGUGCUCGUGAUGCCGCCGCUUUACUGUCUCUUCGACCGGUGGUGGGCUCCGCACGCGGGGACGAUACCCGGGUCAGAGACGCUCCUGCCGGUGCAGUGCCCGAUGGACCACGUCUUCGAGGUCGAGACGUGGUCGAGCGACAUGCCGCCCUCGGUCGCGGGACCGGGGAUCGCGUUCAGGGAGCACAGCUUCUUCGAGAAUCCAAACGUGCCCGCGUCGGUCGCGGCGUCGACCGUCGAGGUGACGUUCGUUCCGUCGUGCGGCGGCGGCGGCGGCGGCGGCGGCGGCGAGAAGUGCACGCAGGCAGAGGGCGAACCCGCGCCGAGCGGGGUGAAACGCGUCGUCGCGCCGGGGAACGCGACGGACGUCGAGAUCGCGAACUUGCUCUCGAACCACGCGGGAGUCAAGGUGUUAAACUUCACGUCUACGCUCGGCGCCUUCGGCAGGCACGCGGACGCCGCGGACGCGAAAAAGUUUUCCACGCGCGUGAAACGCUACGCGGGGUUGUGGUGCUGCGUCUUCGACGCGGUUCCGGGACACAUUUGGUACGACAUGGAGUUCGACGUCGUGCCGCACACGGACAGGCACAACCGGGUGUGGGACACCGCGUGGGAGCCGAAGACGGGGCCUUAGGAGACGAUAGACUAUUCAGUCUAGGUACGAGUCGAAAAGCCACUUUUCGCUGGUCUGUUGUGAGACCGUUUAAAAUAAAU